CAGUUGUCCCGUAUGUGCCGAGGUUGGCACCGACUGUAUGGAAUGGGAAUGAGACCUUGGCCAAUGGAGACACUUUGAAUAUCGACUUGGAACUUCGCACUAACAAAACAAUCAUCUUGUCUUAUGGGGUGUAUGACGGCUACCCACUGGUGUCCAACAUUACUCUGACUUGUAACAAUCAUAUCGUUACCUUUGAUAAGGACAACGAAGCCGCUUACUACUUUACCUUCAACUCUGCAUGGAACGGCGAGCGAUGUGUUUGCAGUGCCGGUCACGUCUCAGGACGCUACACAUUGACCUCUAGCUUCGUUGUCAAGGUUACACGUACGUUGCAUUUAAAUUCUUAAGUUAAACGCUCAGGCCUGUAAUUAAAUUAUCUCACAGCAACACGACGGCCAAUACGCUUGCCACAGGGAGCCAUCGGAUACACACAUGUUUGACAUCUAAAGAAUUGCCUCUUACCUUGGUCUAUUCAAUUUAUUAAAAAAAUUCACAGUGAAGACCAACAUCUUAACACUUUUAAAAUGGUUCACAUUGUCGUGUUAGAAAACAGACAGAUUUUGUUUAUCGUGACACUUAAUGUAAACGGGUUGCUAUGUCCAGAAGGUACAAACUACUGCACCACGCAUUGCAUCGCGUUUAAAGAAAUCUGACGACAUCACCACAGUUCUUACAGAUCUCCAUUGGCUUCAUUGUGAGUGAUCGCAUUGAGCACAGCUGUAUAGAAGGUUCUGCACCUGAAUAUCUUUUAAAAAACUGAUUUCUGCACAUGUAUCCGUACAGAGCCUACGCUCUUCAACACAGUCCUUACUGGGAGUUCUCAAUGUGGAUGGAGACAGAAAGAAGUCAUUUUUAAAGCUAUAGCGUUUAAAUUAUUGAACACUACUAUGAUCGUCUCCAAUUAGAAAGAAAAGUAAACAAUUUCACAAAGGGAAUGACGUUCUUUGCAAAAACAGGUAGCAUUGUGGAAAGCCAAAGAAAACCAAGGUCCUCUGGCAAGAAGUGCAGUAAAAUCUUUGAGAAAUCAAGUUUCUCCUGCGAGAUUUGCUAGGCGACUCUAGGAGCAAUCAAGAUUCUCCUUCGAGAAGUAAAGCAGGGAAUGCGAGUAAUCAAGUUUCUCAUGCGAGAAGUCAUGCAGAGACUCUCAGUAAUUCCAUGAUCAGCUUUUUAGUCUUUUGAGGACGUUCAAUAAUCUACUGCAUCGUCUCACAAAGAUGGAAAGAUGCCAUAUAUAUAUAUAUAUAUAUAUAUAUAUAUAUAUAUAUAUAUAUAUAUAUAUAUAUAUAUAUAUAUGUGUGUGUGUGUGUGUGUUGAAAGUAUGAAACAAAACUUUCUUCUACCUAUAACCUGAUACGGCUCUGGAGCUGGUCUGUGUAAGAUAUCACACAUAUAUAUAUAUAUAUAUAUAUAUGUGUGUGUGUGUGUGUGUUGAAAGUAUGAAACAAAACUUUCUUCUACCUAUAACCUGAUACGGCUCUGGAGCUGGUCUGUGUAAGAUAUCACACACAUAAAACAAUAUAUUUUAAAAUCCUUUCUAUUACCUUCGAAUUUUUUUUCCUGGCUGGCUGGUAAAAUUCUCGGACGGCUAAUCGAACAAUUUCCAGUCAGCCUACGGAGCUGAAACUUUGCACUAGGAUUCGUUGCCAAUGACCACACAAUCCCUCACAUUUUUAGCCUCAACCCUCACCCCAAACCACAAAAUAAAAAAUUUUAAAAAUAUUUUUUAACGGAGGAAUGUUUACGAUUUGUUCAAUGGCUGUUUGUUUAGCUGUGGCUUUUCCACGUAUUUGGGUAUGCAUUCAAAAUAAAAACGCAUUGUUGAAUGGAAAUAUGAAACGUGUUUUCGCAAGAAGUUUACUCAUUUGCAUAACCGCUUCUUAAUAAAUAAUAAAUCACGUACAAUAACAUAAACUGGAACAAAACUACAUAUAAACAGUCUAUACGAACUUCUUUGUUCUUAGGGGUUUGUUUUUUCCACUGAUUGAAUCCUCAAAUGCUUGUUGGUUUUUACGCAAGAUGGUCCAACAUUACAACGUUAAACUUGUAUUGAAAAUAUUUUUUUUACAAAUGCAAUGAGGAUAUUUAAAAAAAAACAUCUUGAUAUUAUGAGUCUAUUUCAAAACCUUAACACUACAACCGUAUGAAUAGCAGGCUUGGCUUAAACAUACAACAUACUCUUUGUAUCAACCUUAACCUAAUUAUUUAAUGACUAUUACAUAACAGUCUUAACCUGUGCAUGUUCGACCCUCUGUCUGACAGCUCCAGUGACAGUGAUGUGGAAAGGAAGUAUCAUACCGGACGGCUACAGUCUUAAAGUCAAUCUCCAAGGAAAUAGAGGCAUUAAAGAAGACUUUACAUGUUGGGCGUCAGAACUAGUCCAAAAAAUUGAGUUCUCUUGCAGGGUACCAGGCAACCUGUUGCCGACGUCUAGCAGCGUAUUAAACUUCGGUGCGACAUUCACGUUUACCACAAGUGUGGUGGAUAAGUGGAUUCCCUGUAAAUGUACGGCUUAUUAUUCUAUUAUUGGAACAGGGAAGACCGAGACGUCAUCAUUUCUUUUGACCUCACAAGGUAAACCUAUUACCGACAUAUUUUUUUUUCACUUAUUAAUUAUAAUUGGAGAUUACAAGUGUGUGUUGAGUCAAUGUUUCUGGCAAAGCAAAUUACUUCAAAGAUACUUGCUAAGAAUAUUUUUUUUUUUUUAAAUGUUAUACUGAACUUUUUUUUACUGAAUUUUAAUUAAAGAUAGUUUACCAACAUAAAAAUUUAAUCUUUUUAAAAUAUUUAUUUAAAAAACCUACUAGCAAAUGUCUAACAUUUCCUGACUGCUCAUCGGUGUAUUGCAACUGAGGGAUCUCGAUCAAAUGUAUCUGGCAAUGCUAGUGGUUUACUCUUCAACUUCUCAGACGGCAUUAUGUUCUCAUUCAGACAGAAAUGAACUUCCAUCAGAUGCUCAUAGAUGUACAGAGAUGGAACAUACUUUAAAUGCAAAUACAAAAAUCACUUUUUAUUAUUAUUAUUUUUUUUUUUUUUGCAUCUGGAAGUUUUUUUCAGGAGAGAAAUGUGUAUUCCUCCCAUCCCCCCCCCUCCCCCCCAAACUUUUUUUUUCUUUCGAAUAAAGCAAUGUAUGGAACAUACUUUAAAUGCAAAUACAAAAAUCACUUUUUAUUAUUAUUAUUUUUUUUUUUUGCAUCUGGAAGUUUUUUUCAGGAGAGAAAUGUGUAUUCCUCCCAUCCCCCCCCCUCCCCCCCAAACUUUUUUUUUCUUUCGAAUAAAGCAAUGUUGUAACUCAAUGUUCACAGUAAAUGGUUUCCCACCAAUGAGAUUGGUGAAAGUGAAGGUUGUUCAGUUUUUCUCUUUGACUAUCCUGACAGGUUCAAGCGGCGGGUCUGGAGCUGGUGGUGGUGGUGCCAAUGGAAUGGAGGUUCUCACUGCGGGGCCAUUUACCCUACUUCCACUCGUAGUUGUGACGAGCCUGCACACCUUCUUCUUUCAAUAAAUGAAUAAGACCUGAGAACUGGAGUAUUUAGGAAACGUAUCGUGUAGUAUCGUGUUGGCGGUUUUCUCGCCCUUAACUUUGCCAUUAAUUCAAUCAUAUGUAUGGCUUUUUUUUUCUCACAAUUUGUUUUUUUUUUUACUUUGACAUUUACCCACACAACCAGAAAAAUUGACUCUUACGUGAAUCGGGCUCAGGGUCUUAAGAUAAUUGAAACAAACAUUAAAUGCCAACCAAUUUUUAUAAAGAAAUAUAAAGCACAUCUCAUUUGUCACGUCUGCUGAGGAAGGCUUUCCGUCGAAACGUUAUUCUUUUACUGUCCUGUCUUUCUAUUUGAAACUGCCACAAACUGUGUUCCUCUAUUUACGUCACACAGCUUGAACGCAGUCCUUCAUUUAUUAUAACUUCAAAAGUACAUUUAAAACAUGUUCAAGCAUUUAAUUUAAAAAUGCAGUUGUUAAGUGAAGAGAUAAAUAGCUAAUUUCAGCGAAAACAUUGUUUCACGUAUGCUCAAUUUAUUUGUUGUGUUUAUCAGAUAGUAUUCUUAGAUGCUUUUGGUAAACUUCACUUCAUACUUGAGCAAAGACACUUGUAUAUAUAUACACACAUAUAUUUGUACUCUAUGUGGAGACGGUGUUUGAUUAACAUAAAAGAAACAUAAGGUCGAUUGACACAUCUUAGAAUUGCAAGGGGAAAUUACUCAUUUUGUGCUGUAAAUAGUCUAUUUUUGCAGGUUUUUGCAAGUGACCUGCUUAAAUAAAUGUUUAUACACACCCAGAGAGAAAGAGAGAGAGAGAGAGAGAGUGAGCUUUAGAGAGAGAGGGAGAGAUAGAGACAGAGAGAGAGAGAGUGAGAGAGAGAGAGAGAGAGAGAGGGGGGAAUAAUUUGUU